AGUAAAUAAAACGCGUGGACAGUCCUCGCUCGCAGUCAGUCAAGAGAAGUGAAUUGUCGGGUUCAGUUGGGAAACGGGCGCCUCAGGAACUAAUCGACAGCUGGAAUAUACAUAGAGUUUACUUACAAAUAAGAUAACGGCAAUCAGCAUGCGUCAGUUAUAUGCAAUUAGUGUGUUGGCAGUGCUCCUGCUCGGGAUCGCCCAUAGCCGUGCCGAUCUGCUGGACUGCGAGGACAAAGUGCCCGCCGUGCUAAGCGAGAUCGGCGAUAAGUUCUCGGAGAUGACGGGCAGCAGCAGCAGCUCGGAGCAUGAAGUGCGCGACUUCUUUAAGAAUGUCGGCUGCCAGAUCAAGAAGGGCGCCAAGAAGCUGGGCGAAAAGGCCAAGGACCUGGGCAGCGAAAUCAAGGAGGGCGCCAAGAAGCUGGGCGAGCGCGCCAAAGACCUGGGCACCGACAUCAGCGAUCGCAUCGCCGACUUUCGCGAUAAGCUAGCCAAAGACUCGGCUGAGGACUUGAGCAAUGACCGCGGCUUCCUAGCCAACGUCGAGAUCAUCAAUCCGGACCUGCUCAAGGGCGAGCAGCAGUGCGGCCACGGACACAUUCUGGAUGCCUUGGGCAACUGCAGCAAGUUAAGGAAGUGAUGCAGCCCCACGAAGUC